CAUGGUGGGUGUGUUCUUUGCUGACAAUCAGUGUUUGGUUUCACAUUAUAUUCGUUCAGUCAACAUGCGUUCUUCCCACAAGGGUGUAUCCGGCGACCACCAUAUUUUUUUUUGCGUAAAUAGAGUGAUAUUAUAGUACCUGUGCAGCAACAAAAUUGACCGCAUAACAUAUUUGAUUAUUACGCCAAGUGCAUGAACUGGGAUGUCUGCAACGGACUGGUACGCGCACAAAUCCCUCGGAGAAGGUCUGUACUGGAUCCAGGAGAAGUUUUUUGAAUCGUCAAACAGAGCAAAUAUUUGGCUCCUUCGAGGAUCUCACCAAGAUGUAGUGAUAGACACAGGCUUGGGGUUGAGGAGUUUACCAGAUUACAUUAACACCAAAGGUCUGCUUGGAGACGACCCGCAGCGAAAGAACCCCAUUUUGGCGAUCGCCACCCACGCCCACUUCGACCACUCAGGUGGUCUGCAUCAGUUCGAACAGGUGGGAGUCCACAGUGCAGAGGUCGAUGCACUGGCCAACGGAGACAACUUCGAGACCGUCACGUGGCUGUCCGACAGAGAGAUAGUCCAGGCUCCCUGGCCAGGAUGGAGGGCCAGAGAAUACAGAGUCAAGGCUGUACAACCAACACACAUACUACAAGAAGGUGAUGUCAUCAACCUGGGCGACAGGCAGCUGACGGUGCUGCACAUGCCCGGCCACUCCCGGGGAAGCAUCUGCCUGCACGACGGGGACAACAAGAUGCUGUUCAGCGGGGACGUGGUCUAUGACGGAGCCAUGAUCGACUGGCUGCCCACCAGCCGGGUCAGCGACUACGUCAGUAGCUGUGAGCGCCUGGUGGGGCUGGUGGAUAGUGAGCAGGUGGACCAGGUAAUGCCGGGACACUAUCACACGUUUGGUGCAAAACGGCUCCACCACAUCGCCUCGGGGUACAUCGACAGAGCCGGCACCUGCCCGGCACGCUUCUCCACAUUUGCCUGGAGGACCUUGGCCGGAUUGGCGCUACGGGCGUCCAACACACGUGGCAUCUGCUAGCCACAUGAAGAGGCUGGCACCCCAGGUUGAAUCUUUUGCAGAGUUAGACUGGGGGAUGUGAGGAAGAUAAUUCACCCCCUCAAUUAACAGGAUUUCCUUGUACUGUCUAUUAUAAACUGAUGUGAUCCAAUGUAUGUUAUUUUAAAUGAUUCAUCAAAAUGCCCCCAUUGAAUUACAUCAGGCAAUGAUUGACAGAAUAUUGAGAUUGCCAUUAUUACAGGAUUCAUUAAAGACUGGAAAAUUAAUCUUGUUUAUUAUGUAAUAUUAAGAUAAAUAUUAAGUUGUGUGAUCGUUGGAAUGCUCUUUCCCAUGAGGUAGCCUAGUAGUUAGAGCGUUGGAUUAGUAACUGAAAGGUUGCAAGUUCAAAUCCCCGAGCUGACAAGGUA